AAUCUCCAGUGAUUGUUUAUUUUGAUCUCAUCUGCACUGUGAUAUUGACGACUGAAAAGCUACCAUAAUUCCCGGGGCCCCUCAAGAUUCAUGAUUCCGGAUUUUGUCCAUCCAAACCACUAUGGCGGAUGUGGAUCCAGUAGCUAGUGUGUGUGCAGCCUACACAGAGAUCCCACGGGUGUCUUUCGUAGACCUGUCCACACCGGAAUUCAUAGAGCGGUAUUUCCUUCAAGCCAAACCCGUGGUCAUUACAGGAGCUACCGAGACCUGGCCCGCUCGAGACUGGACCAUCGCUAAUCUCAUGGAGAGGGUGGGCCAAAAUGAGGUGUGGAUACGAGGGAAAACUAACCAGGAUCGUUACCGCCAAGGCAAGGCCUACACAAUUCGAAAAGACACUUUUGACAAUUAUUGCCAGGACCUCCUCCGCUCGAAUGCCAGAGCACGUAGCUCCUAUUUGGCGGUAGCGUCCAUGCAAAUGGCUUUUCCUCAACUUCUGGACGAAGUCCCCUUCCCUCAGUAUAUGACCGAGACCUCGACCAAGCUUCAUCUGGGUCCUUACAUGUGGGUGGCGCUCAAAGGUCACUACGAGUUCUGUCACUUCGAUCCGGAUGAUAACUUCCUGGUCAUGAUUCAAGGGCGGAAGAAGAUUCGCUUAUUCGGGUACGAUAUCGACUCGCUUUAUCCCAAUCCAUUGGGUUCCCAUGGCAAGACCGUCCAAAGUCAGGUGAUUUGUGAUGAGCCGGAUCUAGUGUCAUUUCCCAAGUUUGCCCAUGCCAAAUGCGAGCAUUGCAUCCUCUAUCCAGGCGAGAUGCUGUUCAUUCCGGCCUUUUAUUGGCAUCAGGUGUCAGCUCUCGAUUCUGGGAUUUCCUUGAAUAUGUUUUAUGGUGAUGGAGGCGAGAGCCAAUACGUCAGAAAGAUUCUUCGUCCACCUUACCGGGCCCAUUUUGAGUACUGGUUGUUGAAUGUUGUCGAGCAAAACCGAUCACAGCCUUCCUUUGAGCGGAUCUUGAGUCGGUUACCGGAGGUCCUGGCGCAUUUCUUUAUGAAACAAUGGCAUGACACCGCUGAAAGUGAUCUAAUUCAGACCUGCGUGGAGAUUAUUCGACAGCACUGUCAUAUCCAAGAACUCCCUCCGAAAAAUGAUCAGUCUAAAUUUCCACCAAUGCUCAAAAUCAGGGGAUUGCUCCAUCGAGAUGGAACAAAAACUUAAUUUCUAGAUUUGGAAAUCAUUACAGACGUGACAAAGCAAUAAUGAUGCGUUUAUAUAUUUUA